ACACUGCUCCGAACUUCCUUUCUUUUGCUUCAACAACAUGGCUGAUCAGAACGAGCGCGCCUUCCAAAAACAAUUUGGUGUCAACCUGAACCGCAAGGUGAAGCCUGGCGUCACCAAGAAGAAGAUCCUCCGCCGUUAUCGUGAUGUCGGCCUGGGCUUCAAGACCCCCCGUGAGGCCAUCGAUGGUACCUACAUUGACAAGAAGUGCCCCUGGACUGGCGAUGUUCGUAUUCGUGGUCGCAUCCUGAUUGGUGUUGUCCGCAAGGCGAAAAUGCAGCGUACCAUUGUCAUUCGUCGUGACUAUUUGCACUUUGUGCGCAAAUACAGUCGUUUCGAGAAGCGUCACCGCAACAUGAGCGUCCACUGCUCGCCUGCUUUCAGAGAUGUUGAGCACGGCGACAUUGUCACCAUUGGCGAGUGCCGUCCUCUCUCAAAGACUGUGCGUUUCAAUGUUCUGAAAGUGAACAAGGGUCAGGGCGCCAAGAAGAGCUUCAAGAAGUUUUAAACGAGGACAAACACCAGCGGAAAAGAUAAUAUUUGUAGCAAUUAUUCAUUUUGAAUAAAACAACAAUUUAACUUUAAUCGCUA